GCCCCUGGCGUAUAUCUAUCUGCUAUGGUUUGGAAUAACCUUCAGCAAUGUAUAUACUUGGAAUAAUGUUUAGUCUGCCUGCUACGGCCAACGAACCAACAUGCUGGUUAUUGUGUUAUUGCUUGGGUUGGUUUCCAGUUCCCCUGUCUCCAGGUUGGUUCGACAAACUCGCCAGAGUUCGAACCUUCUCCUCCUGGGGGCCAGGGAAGGGAUUACCAGAGCUGAACCUAGACAAGACACGCAGCAGUUCGAUCUACCAGCAGGAGAAGCUCUAGAUUUAUUCUACAGAUUUGGAUUUUUCUCUUUGUCUGUGCGAGUGGUUCCACGUGACGACUUCGGAACUUGGGUAAUCCGCGAACCCACUUCAAAAAUAUUCACAUCCGAGUCCGUCCGACAAAUCACUCUGCCUCAGGCUAACAGGUUCCAGGAUCAGUUUCAGAUUUAUUUCUGCGACGAUUUGGACGAUCUAAUGAAGCACUAUUUUCACGAUUUUGAUGCCGAAGGGGUUCGAGAACCCUACCGAAUGUUCACUGGCAGCUGGAGAACUCCAACCACCGUCAAAUAUUUCGGGAUCAGCGAGAGCAUUCUCAAAUCCGACGCAGGGUUUGUUCUUGUAAAGCUGGCUAAGCCCAAGGCUACCCUGAAGAUUGAAGGUACGCCUCAGUUAAAACCCGACGCCUCCGACGCGUUUCAAAGAAUUCGAUCUGGAGAUAAGGAGAGUGUAGAACAGUUUGUACAGAAUCAUGGAAGUCAUUAUAUUGAGUCCUUGACUGUAGGAGAUGCUGUAUACCAGGUCCUAGCUCUAGACCGAGGAAUGUAUAUCAAGGCUAAGAACGACGUGUUAGUUGAAAAGAAGGUGACCAAGUUCGACGACAUCUACGACGCCUACCUCGCCCCCUGGGUGGUCAAGGAGAAUGGUAAAGUUCUUGUCGCUAGCGGGGAUAACAGGGUUGGAGACUUCUUAAAGGGACGUGUAUUUAAACAACUUCCCUUCGCUAGCUAUCCAAGUAUAUUUGAGAUUAGAAAACAACCUGAUAUACUGGAUCAACUGGAGUUUUUAACCCAGGAUACUACCGCCGUUAUAGCUCUACAUUUCCGCUCCUUGGGAUCCCUCCUACCUUCCCUAGAGUCUCAGGAGUUCUAUAAAGAAAUUGUAAAUACAGAACUUGCCUUGUGGGAAGCAAAUAUUUGAGUGGAGUUUAAACUAAUUCCUGCACAGAGAGUACAAAGAGUACAGAGAGUACAGUGUGUAGCUUGAAGAGUUUACCGCGCGCAUUUAUGAGAAUGUUGCCGAAGCGCGGAACGUGGAGAUUUGAAGGCUGAGCAUUGAGCAAUGAACAAUUAAACUAUGACAGCUAUUGUAAAGUUGUAUGCUAAUUUAUUUAUUUAUUAGUUAAUAAACUUUCUUUAUGAUA